AUGUUUGUGUCGACGACGCAACAGAGUUUAAUAAAUACAAAUGAUGAUCCUAUCGGCGAAACAAAAUCGAACGAUACCAUCUAUCGUACAUUUUCCACAUCAAAUCCAGUCGUUUAUAACGCAUAUAUUCAACAACAAUAUGGUGCCUGUUGGGGCACGUUCGAAUUCGAAGAUUGUCCCAGUAGUUAUAUCAAUAAUCCUCGACCGUUUCUUUAUGUGGAUGGUAACAUUCCAUUGGGUGACAUUCGUCGAUUCAUGAUUAAUGAGUGGCACAUGCAAACAGCCAACAUUGUCAUACCUGUUCUUAGCAAUGUCACCAAUUAUAAACCAUUAAAAAAUACAAAAACAAUUGAAGCACUUAAGCGUGGUAUCAAAAAUAUGGUAAAUGCAUCUGAAGUUUGGUUCAUAACGAACGGUAUUGAUAUAGGUGUUCCACAACUUAUUGGGUCGGCAUUUCGAGAAGAGAUCGCAUUAAGACGAGCUUAUGAUAUAUGGGACACCCAACUGGGUCGGGAGCCGAAAAAACGAAAAAGACUUAUUUUAAUUGGCAUCGUUUGUGAUGACGUUAUCAUAGAUGCUAUUGAUCUGAGACCGGGUAUAAAUAAAUCAAAAAUGGAAGUGAAAGUGCCAACACGAAAACGUGGUAAUCUCUCACUGAAUAGUGAUCACACUCAUUUUAUUAUUAUUCGUGAAAAAGCAAUUGGUAGUGCUUCAAUGAAUGUUGGACAAAACUCAGCUGCUGCAGAUAGUAAUGAAAGACAAUUCGAAAAAUUAGCUGAUUCAGCUGAUAGUGCUACAAAUAGAUUUCGAGAACGCUUCGAAAAUAGUUUACAUCAAGAAGCACUGCAACAACAAGCGACAGUAUCUCCCAAUCUGUUUUCUUCAAUAACAGAUGGAGCAGCAACAACGUCACCGUCCUCAGCUCAUGAAAGUAAUGGAUGGAAUGAAGGUGGUUUUCCGAUGGUUUGUACUUUUGUACGAGGCACACCAGGAACAAUUAAACUUUUGCAUACAAAAAUUCACGAAGAAAUUCCUGUGGUUAUUUUCAAAGGAACCGGAUCAGUUGCUGAUAUCAUCGCUUUUGCCUAUGAAGAAUUUCAUGCCAAAAGCGAUAAAGAAUUUGAGGAUAGUUAUCUAAAAGUUGAACUAACUCAACGUUUACUCAACGAAUAUCCAGUAUUGAUAGAUAAUCAUGCUGUUCUUGGAAAAAAUCUCGAAACAUUUGUCGAUAUUUUUCUUGAUAAUGAAUUUAUUCCACAUCGAUAUUUAACAUCGGACGAAUUGUUUAAUCUUUUUAAGAACGCGAAAGAUCGUAAAUUUCUAAAACAAACAUCAUGGAAAGGCAUUCUUGGCAUAGCUGGAGAUGACGACGAAAUACCACAAAAUUUUAUUGAUCAUCAUCUCAAUAUUAUUAUGAAGCGUCUCACUGGUAUUAGUGGCUUUUUUCGUUCAUAUGAAAUGGAUUGUAAUGCUGUGGGCAUCUAUUUUUGUGACAAAACAGACAAAGACAUUCAACAACAUCGACUAAAAGCAGAGAAAAAGGCUAUUCGUUAUUUGAUUAUCUAUGCCGUACUCAUGAAUCGACAUCAGUUGGCCAAGAUUUUCUGGAAACAUUCAUUAGAACCGAUUCCAAUGGCAUUGAUUUGUUAUAUGAUGUUUAAAAAAUUGGCAAUCUAUUGCCAUGAUCCCACUCAACGAUUACGAAUCGAAAAACAGGCCAAAGAAUUUUCAGAUUAUGCUGUGGGUGUACUCGAAAAAUCCUUUAACGAAGACCAGGAACGUACACUUGCAAUGCUCGAUGACAAAAAUUCAGAUUGGAAUCAUAUGACUACUUUUGAACUAGCGUACAGAGCUGACAAUAGAGAAUUUAUGAUUCAUCCUGCUUAUCAAAAAUUAGUUACUCAACGAUUCUACGAUGAAAUCACUGUGCGUGAACUUUCCUGGGGUCUUUUUAAAUGUCCUGAUUAUCUUAAAAUUAUAAUCAGUGCUUGUCUCAUAUUUCCGAUGCAAUUUUGGGUUAGUUUUUCUUCGAUCGAUCAAAGUCCACCAACAUCGGAAAAAGCAAACGAUAUGCAAAAGGGAAAGAAAUUGGAAACAUAUGCAAGUGAAGCCUCAGUACGCAAUGGAAAUAGUCUUUUUCGACGACCAAUGUCCUGUUUUCGUCGAAAUGAUAAAUUAAAGAAUACCAUUCAACAAAUCAAAACAUUGUGGAAUGCACCGAUAACAAAAUUUUAUAUGAAUUUCGUUGCUUAUCUAGUCUAUUUAUCAUUUUUCACAUUAGCAGUGAUGUGGCCCUCAUGUGGGAAUUUAUGGCUUGAUUGUUUCGUUUGGUUGUGGACAGCAUCAAUUGCAUUCGAAAAUACUCGUGUUGCUUACGUAAAGUUUUAUUCACAAAAUAGAUUACCCUUACAACGAGAUAUACCCGAUGUCAUUGUACAGAUCAUAUUUCUUGCUCUAUAUCUCAGUUUUCGUAUCCUUGGCUUGUGGAAUUUUGGGAAUGAUCGUCUCUCUUCAUACAAUCGCUAUGGAAUAUCAUCACCUGAAUGUAAUCAAACAUCAUGGAUCGCAUGGUUUCUUCUUAUUCAGUAUUUUUUCUUGGCCAAACGAUUUCUCAUUUCUCUCUUGACAGCCAUGUUCAGUUUGACAGGAGCACGAAUACAGAGUCAAUCGGAGAAAAUUUGGAUGUAUAAUCGAUAUGAAAUUAUGAUAGAAUAUGCAAAACGACCUCGUCUACCACCUCCAUUAAUUGUUAUCUCAUACAUUGGUAUGUUAAUUUCCAAAGCUGGUCAAUGUAUGUUCAAGUGGAAGGAAUAUUUAGAUAAGAAAAGUACUCAACAAGCACGGUUACAAUUGUCAUCACACAAUGUAGGAGGAGAUUCUGGCUAUGGUACAAGUUCAGCAACGCCUCUUGCUGUUGAUAUGUCGAAUACAUCGAAUAAUGUCAAUUUGAAUACAGACGACUUAAUUGAUGAUUCAUCAUCGGUAUCGAUUGAAAAUCGUUCGUUAGUUGGACGAUUACUCAAUUGUAAACCAUGUCGACAAAUGAUCAAUCACGAGAAGACGAAGAAUCAAAACGCAGAACUUCAUUGGGUAGAUAAUGAAACUAGUUUCUAUUGGGAAUAUAAAGCGAACGAAUUCUUUGCUAAAACAGUAGAAACCGAAAAAGUUCAAGAAAGACUUGAAAAUCUUUCGAAGAGUGUGACCGAUGGAAAACAAGAUAUGGAUGCUGUACGAAAAUCUUUACGACAGAUUAAUGAUCGUAUUUUUUCCUUAGAAAAAAUGGUGAUCGAUUCACAUAUAUUACUUGAAAAACUUCAUGCGACAAUAUAUCAGAAAGAUAAACCAUUACCUAAAAGUCAAAAAUAUUCUCAUGUUCUAUCACGUGAAUCACCUUAUGUCUAUACUAAUGAAGCUCGAUUUUCUGUUACUGAAAAAUACAUUCCAUGGACGCGUCAAUUCGAUCUCUAUGAUCCUACAUUGAUUACAUUACCAAAAGAACACAUUUGCUUUCAAGACGAUGAACGCCCAUUUGUUGAACCUAAUUUGUUGAGAUUGAGCUCGAUGGGAGAUGAAUUACAACCGGCUCUCGAUACAAUAAUUGAACCGUCACUGAUGUCACUCAGUUCAAACGAUUUUAUAAUUCCAGCAUCCGAGUACAAAUGGAAUCAAGUUGUUGAAUUACAAUUACCCGAUGGGAAAAAGAUGGUGAUCGAUCGGACAACUUGGGUGGCAAAUCCAGACGAGGAAACAUCAGUUACGUAUCGACUCGAUACUCAAUUGUUUCUACCUUUAAAUCCAAUAGGUCGUACUGGAGUACGUGGUCGUGGUGCUCUCAUUCGAUGGGGUCCAAAUAAAUCCACAAUAGCCAUUAUUACUCGAUGGAAAAAACAUCGUGAUCAAUGUACUCUUGUUGAUGGACAACGAAUUCUUGAAGCAAUGGUAUUCAAAGAUAAAAUAACCAACGAUUGGCAAUUACCUGGCAGUAAAAUUUUGGGUGUUGAAUCACUAUAUAGUGUGGUGUGCCGUACUUUUAAUCAACUUACCUUUCAAGAUGACGCUUCUGAAUAUAGUUUAUCUUUACAAGAACAAGACAUGAUCGAGUACUUUAAAUCAUUUGCUCGUUCGGAUAAUAAUGAUGAUGAUCAACAGAAUGGCUUCGAAGCACAUAUGGUCUAUAGAGGUUACAUUGAUGAUGCUCGCAAUACAGAUAAUGCUUGGGUCGAAGCAGAAAUAUGGAAUUUUCACUAUGGUUCUAACAUGUCAUUUCCUCGUUUGCGAAACGAUAGUAUGGUCGCGUGGAAAGAUGUGACUUGCAAUUCGCGUGGAUUUCCCGUGCAGAUGUCAAUUUUACGUGAAAUAAGUCGAAUUCAUCAUAGUUAUUUUGACCCAUUUUUCGAUUUCUCCAAUCUUAUUGGUUAUGCAAAGCAUGAGGACAGUUCAAAUAUUGAUAAUAUAGUGGCUACAAGUAAUCAUGAUGAAGAUUAA